ACUUAUCUGGUGCUGCCGGAAGCGGAACUAGCCGAGUCGUUAAGAGGGGAGGGGCUUAUGGGGGUGGAGCUCCGGUCAAAGAAGGUGAGGGCGGAACCUUGGGCUCUUGCGGGGACGUGGUUCUGCCCGGCGAGGUGUCGGAGUGAGACCCGAAGCGGGCGAGGAGGCGUGGCGGAGGCUCUCCGGUGUAGUAGUUCCUUGCGCUCCCUCCAUGUGGCUCUUCUGUUACUGAAGAAAGAAGACCCGCGUCCGCGCUGACAGCUGGAGCCUCGGGACCGAUACCUCCCCCCCUGCCCUCGGGAUUAAAAGGGAAACCGAGACCUGUAUGGUGUGGGCCAUCUCCAGCCGCUCGCGUGACCACCGCAGCCGUGGCAGGUAAAAGGAUUGCUGAAUCAUCUCACUGAAGCAAUAGCCUCACUAUCUUUGUUUUCUAAACUGCAUCAACAAUGAAGCAAUGAUAUCUGAAAACAAAAGAACAUUUGCCAGCUAAGUGUCAUCACAGUUCAAGUGACUAUAAGCAGAAAUAAGCUGCAACAGACCUAUGUGUCAGCUGGUAUAAAGAGAAUGCAUUCUUGUGAUGCUAUUUAUGUAGAAGCAGUUUUAAUAUAGCACAUUUAAAUUAUAACCUAUACCAAAUGAAAUAAAAAUGAGCGGAUCCGCCAGAUUUUUUGUUGGGCCUGAAGAUACAGAAAUCAACCCUGGUAAUUAUCGACAUUUCUUCCACCAUGCAGAUGAAGAUGAGGAGGAGGAGGAUGAGACUCCACCAGAAAGGCAGAUUGUGGUUGGAAUAUGUUCCAUGGCAAAGAAAUCCAAAUCAAAACCAAUGAAGGAAAUUCUUGAAAGGAUCUCCUUAUUUAAAUAUAUUACAGUAAUAGUAUUUGAAGAGGAAGUUAUUUUGAAUGAACCAGUGGAAAAUUGGCCUUUAUGUGAUUGUCUUAUUUCUUUCCAUUCUAAAGGAUUUCCACUGGACAAAGCAGUUGCCUAUGCAAAACUCAGGAAUCCAUUUGUAAUCAAUGACUUGAAUAUGCAGUAUCUCAUACAAGAUAGGAGAGAAGUAUAUAGUAUUCUUCAGGCUGAAGGUAUUUUACUUCCUCGUUAUGCAAUUUUGAACCGUGAUCCAAAUAAUCCCAAAGAAUGCAGCCUGAUUGAAGGGGAAGAUCAUGUAGAAGUAAAUGGGGAAGUUUUUCAAAAGCCAUUUGUAGAGAAGCCAGUUAGUGCAGAAGAUCACAAUGUUUACAUUUACUAUCCAACAUCUGCUGGUGGUGGAAGUCAAAGACUUUUUCGAAAGAUUGGCAGUAGAAGUAGUGUUUAUUCCCCAGAAAGCAAUGUACGAAAAACGGGCUCAUAUAUAUAUGAAGAGUUUAUGCCCACAGAUGGUACUGAUGUUAAGGUUUAUACAGUGGGUCCAGAUUAUGCCCAUGCUGAAGCUCGAAAAUCUCCAGCACUUGAUGGCAAGGUGGAACGAGACAGUGAAGGAAAAGAAGUAAGAUACCCUGUUAUUCUCAAUGCACGAGAAAAAUUAAUUGCUUGGAAAGUUUGCCUUGCAUUUAAGCAAACAGUUUGUGGCUUUGAUUUAUUGCGAGCCAAUGGACAGUCCUAUGUCUGUGAUGUCAAUGGCUUCAGUUUUGUGAAAAAUUCCAUGAAGUAUUAUGAUGAUUGUGCAAAAAUACUUGGCAAUAUUGUGAUGAGAGAGCUUGCUCCACAAUUUCAUAUCCCCUGGUCAAUACCCUUAGAAGCUGAAGAUAUCCCGAUUGUACCAACUACAUCUGGAACUAUGAUGGAACUUAGAUGUGUCAUAGCUGUCAUUCGUCAUGGGGAUCGAACACCAAAACAAAAAAUGAAAAUGGAAGUGAGGCAUCAAAAAUUUUUUGAUCUUUUUGAAAAGUGUGAUGGAUAUAAAUCUGGGAAAUUAAAACUCAAAAAGCCAAAACAAUUACAGGAAGUGCUGGAUAUUGCACGGCAACUUCUUAUGGAACUGGGGCAAAAUAAUGAUUCUGACAUUGAAGAAAACAAGUCAAAACUUGAACAACUUAAGACUGUGUUAGAGAUGUAUGGCCACUUUUCUGGAAUAAAUCGUAAGGUGCAAUUAACCUAUCUCCCUCAUGGCUGUCCUAAAACAUCUAGUGAAGAGGAAGACAGCCGAAGAGAAGAACCGUCCUUACUUUUGGUUCUAAAAUGGGGAGGAGAACUAACUCCUGCAGGCAGGGUCCAGGCUGAAGAACUUGGAAGAGCUUUCAGGUGUAUGUAUCCUGGAGGUCAAGGAGAUUAUGCAGGAUUUCCUGGUUGUGGAUUACUUAGAUUGCAUAGUACCUACAGACAUGACCUCAAAAUAUAUGCUUCUGAUGAAGGACGAGUGCAGAUGACUGCAGCUGCUUUUGCUAAGGGGCUAUUGGCACUAGAGGGAGAGCUUACACCCAUCCUUGUUCAGAUGGUAAAAAGUGCAAACAUGAAUGGUCUUCUGGACAGUGAUAGUGACUCUUUGAGCAGUUGUCAGCAACGUGUGAAAGCAAGACUUCAUGAAAUACUUCAGAAGGACAGAGAUUUUACUACUGACGAUUAUGAAAAGCUUACUCCCUCUGGAAGCAUUUCUCUUACUAAAUCAAUGCAUUUAAUUAAAAAUCCUGUGAAGACCUGUGACAAAGUGUAUUCUUUGAUACAAAGUUUGACUUCUCAAAUCAGACAUCGCAUGGAAGAUCCCAAAUCAUCAGAUAUCCAGCUUUACCAUAGUGAGACAUUAGAGCUUAUGCUACGUAGAUGGUCCAAGUUGGAGAAAGACUUUAAAACAAAGAAUGGAAGAUAUGACAUUAGUAAAAUCCCUGACAUAUAUGACUGUAUAAAAUAUGAUGUCCAGCAUAACUGUUCCUUGAAGUUAGAAGACACAAUGGAAUUAUAUGGUCUUUCAAAGGCAUUAGCAGAUAUUGUUAUCCCUCAGGAAUAUGGUAUAACCAAAGCUGAAAAGCUGGAGAUUGCCAAAGGCUACUGUACUCCUCUAGUUAGAAAAAUUCGCUCAGACCUUCAGAGGACACAAGAUGAUGACACUGUAAAUAAACUCCAUCCUGUGUAUUCCAGGGGUGUUCUGUCUCCUGAACGUCAUGUCCGCACCAGGUUAUAUUUCACCAGUGAAAGUCAUGUACAUUCUUUACUGUCUAUUCUUCGCUACGGUGCCUUAUGCAAUGAAUCAAAAGAUGAACAGUGGAAACGAGCUAUGGAUUAUUUAAAUGUUGUCAAUGAGCUCAACUACAUGACUCAGAUCGUUAUCAUGCUUUAUGAGGAUCCUAACAAGGAUCUUUCUUCAGAGGAACGCUUUCAUGUUGAAUUACACUUUAGUCCAGGAGCCAAAGGAUGUGAAGAAGACAAAAAUUUACCAUCCGGCUAUGGAUAUAGACCAGCUUCAAGAGAGAAUGAAGGCAGAAAAUCUUUUAAAAUUGAUAACGAUGACGAACCACAUACUUCUAAAAAAGAUGAGGUUGAUCGAGGUGUGCUGUUGUUCAAACCUAUGGUAUCAGAGCCAAUUCAUAUACACAGGAAGUCUCCACUUCCAAGAUCUAGGAAGAUGACUACAAACGAAGUAAAUUAUUCAAGUAAAACCUUGAAGACUCUUUCCAGCGUCAGCCAUCUGCAUGGAUAUCAGAAGUUUGUACUUCCAAAAGACACACAGAGAAAAAGACUAUUCUCUUCAUUUUGUGAAGAGAGCCCCCUGAGUGUGUCUAGCCCAGAGGGUACUGGUACCUGGCUGCAUUAUACCAGUGGUGUGGGUACUGGGCGUCGAAGACGCAGAUCAGGGGAACAAAUCACUUCUUCCCCUGUCUCCCCCAAAUCAUUGGCUUUCACAUCCAGUAUUUUUGGCUCAUGGCAACAGGUUGUAUCUGAAAAUGCUAAUUACCUACGAACACCAAGAACUCUUGUGGAACAGAAACAGAACCCUACUGUAGGGUCUCACUGUGCGGGCCUGUUUAGCACCUCGGUGCUCGGGGGUUCUUCAAGCGCACCUAACCUACAGGAUUAUGCUCGUACUCAUCGUAAAAAGCUGACCUCUUCUGGCUGCAUAGAUGACGCCACACGCGGUUCUGCUGUUAAAAGGUUUUCUAUCUCAUUUGCUCGACACCCAACCAAUGGCUUUGAGUUGUAUUCCAUGGUGCCAUCUAUUUGUCCUCUAGAAACUCUUCACAAUGCCCUGUCUUUAAAGCAGGUGGAUGAAUUUCUUGCUUCCGUUGCUUCUCCAUCAAGUGAAGUUCCACAGACGGCCCCUGAGAGCUCCUCCACAGCUUCACGUUCCAGUCCAGUAAUGAGAAGAAAAAUAUCUUUAAAUACAUAUACACCUGCAAAGAUCCUCCCAACACCACCAGCUACCUUAAAGAGUACUAAAGCAAGCAGCAAACCAGCUACCAGCGGACCUUCUAGUGCAGCUCCUAAUACCUCAUCCCGAAAAAAGAUUAUAAGUAGCAAAACAGAAGUGCAUGAACACAAAAAAAACACUGGGAAGAAGAAAUAAAAUCUUCUUAGCCGGAGCUAGAAAUCCUUACACUUACAAAAAUCAUGUGUUCAUUAGAAAAAAACGUGAUAAGCCUUGGCUAAAAACUGUCAAAGCAAGUAAUUUCUGUUUCUUCUUCUACAUCUCUGUAUUCAUUUAAAAAUAUAUUGAAUCUAGAGAAUUCUUUGUAUAGUUUCAGGUAAGAAACCUUUGCCAUGAUAUGGAAAUGUUUAAAACCAUGUUUAUUAGCAUUUUAUGAGUAGCAAAACUUAUGGUGAUAGAGGUCUGUUGUUCUGAAUAUGAUGUUUACCGUAUGCCUGUGGGAAGAAAAGGAACAUGAACGCCCAGCUGGCCUGUACCGGUGUGGCUCCAGUAAUGCUGUUUAAUGAAGAAUCUGUGAAGUGGCCUCUGUACUCACUUUCAGUAUCAUGGAUUGUAUCUCAGCUAUAAAACCUGUAGCUUGGGUUGAAAUUUGAUGGUCAGGAUUACAUAUUUCAGGCUUUAAAAAAGUACAUUUCCAAAGAGAUAUUGACCAUUUAGAUUACAAACUCCCCCCACCCACCAGUUGUUACAAUUACAUAUAUGCUGCAAUAUUUAAUAACUGGAGUUAUAGGAUAUGGAUUAUUUUUUUCAAUCUAUGCUUUGAAUUUUUUUAUUGUGUGUUAUUUAAAAUAUUACAGAUACAGCUGGGAUAGCUACACCUUUAUGUGCAUAAAUUUGUAUAUUAAUUUGUAGAAAAUGUUUUCUUUAUAUAUUUUCUUACCAUAAGGUGCUUUUGUUCAUCAGGAAAAUUUUGCUCCACAAAUUGGCAAGAAAGUCAUCCUUAGAGUGUCUUUUUAAGAGAUAUAGGUGACAAGUUAUAAAUGUAACAUUUAUUUUCAGUUCUUUUUAGAUCUAAGGAACUCAGUUCAGAAAUAGAAUUCAUCAAUGUGAGAAGACUAUCUAAAUUCUGUAGUUAGUACAGAUUAUACAUAGCAUCUGUUUUUACUCCAUCCUUAUCUCUAGUCUAUCAGUUGAUUUCACUAAGAAAGCUUAAAGAUUGAGGAUUUGAAGUAAAUGCUUUUUUCAAGUGAUUAGAUUUCAAAGGGAAAUUAAGAUUGUGUUGUGAUUUCAUCUAUGAUGUGAAAAAAAAUAUUAUCCUUGGUGCUUUUUUUCCUCUGCGCAAAUAGUUAAUUAUAUGCCACUUAUAAUGACUUAAACUGUAAACCAAACAAUACAACCUGAUAAGAAUUCCAUGCAUUGCCAGUCAGGUACUUAAACUGCUAAAGCGUUAGCUUGAAAUUUAUAGUUAUAAAAUUAUUGAAUUCUCAUAUGAAUACAACUAUUACAGUUCUUCAAAAGAGACUCUACUAACCUUAAAUCAACAUAUAUGAACUGACUUUUAGAAAAUAAUCAUAUUACAUGUUUUAAAAGGUACCAGAUGUGAAAUCACAAAUAUAUACAAUUAUGUAAGUUCAUAUACUUCACAUGAAUGUAAAUGUAUUAUACAGAGACAUGUCUUGUAAACAGUCGAAUGUAUCUAAGCUUUUUGUAUGUGAAAAUGUGGUUAAUGUGCUCAUAGUGGGAGUUAGGAACCUACUUUUAUUUUUUAAGUGAAUUAAAAUAUUUUAUUUCCAGAA